AUGUCGUACUACGACAUUGACGCCAUCCUCACGGAUGCAGAGAAAGUCCCCUGCCACUUCGAAAUCGACGUUCGUGACCUCGGCCAUCUCGACAACUCCCCCCACGGCCUCAAAGCCCAGACCCCCCUAACCCUCCCCCUCUGGCUCGCCGAAAUGCUCGCCCUCGCCUCAACACCCAACUCCUCCGCGCCCCUAACCCUCAACCUCCCCCCAUGCCUCUCAACCACCGUCCUCGCCGCUCUGAAAGCUGAUCCGCGUGCCGUUCCCCUCCGUGACCAAAGUCCUCACUUCUACGGUGUCGGCGUCAAAAUGCUAGAGUUGUUCGACGAGAAGGAGAUAGCGGAGGUCUUGAGAAAGACAUUUGUUGUGAGGGCGGGUGAGGUUGGUCUUCAUGCUAGAAAGGCUGAUGAGGCGGUGGGGGGCAAUGGGGAGGAGUUUUUGAGGGGUUUGGAGGAGUGGGAGAGGGGGUUGUUUAGGAGGGGACAUGAGGGUGUUAAAGGAGCCAAGGAGUGGACUGAUAAGGUCAAGAAGACAUGA